AUGCGAGAUAUCAAACUUUCGAGGCUACAAGAACAUGCCAAAGCACUCCAAAGCUUUGCGGAUAGUGGAGGCGGAACUCGUGUCUUUGGUUUAAAAGGUCACAAUGCAUCCGUCGACUAUGUAGCUGCCAUUGCAGAACAAGCUGGCUACGACGUCCAGAGACAGACGUUUCCUCAUGUGUAUUUUGAAGUCCUCACUCAGAGGUUUGCAGCUGGGGCGCCUAUCAAUAUCACAGCAAUGACUUACUCGACUUCUACACCUGUUGGAGGCAUUACUGCUCCACUUGUCCUCAUACCUGACCCUGAUGCGGCUCCCUCUGCUGGAUGCACACCGGCGGACUUUGCAGGCGUCGACGUCAAGGGGAAAAUUGCGCUCAUUCAGCGGGGUGCAUGUGACUUUGCUGUCAAGGACAAGAAUGCCAAAGAUGCAGGGGCCGUUGGUGUCGUUGUGUAUAACAACGUUCCAGACUCCCUUCUGGGAAGCCUUCUGGUGUCGAACGAUAGCGCAUAUAUUCCCAUCGGAAGCAUUUCCCAAGCCGGGGGAGAAUCGCUCGCUCGACAAUUGGUAGCUGGUCAAUCUAUCAAUGCCACUCUUGAGAUAUUGGUCCUCAGCGAGCAGAGAUACAGCAGCAAUGUUAUUGCUACUUCAAAAGCGGGGAAUCAAAGCAAUGUGAUCUUCAUUGGCUCCCAUCUCGAUUCAGUUAGUGCUGGUCCCGGUAUUAAUGACAACGGAUCUGGUUCCAUCACUAUUCUUGAGCUGGCCGUUCAGCUUGCCAAGUACAAGCUCAAGAACGCCGUCCGCUUUGCUUGGUGGACCGUUGAAGAGUAUGGGAUCGUCGGUUCCGGGCGCUAUGUCGACAACCUACCUGACAAUGAACGCGAGAAGAUUGCGCUCUACAUCAACUUGGACAUGGUAGCCAGUCCAAACUAUGUUCUUGCCGUCUAUGAUGGUGACGGAUCUGCCGGAACAACCCGGGCCCAACGUGUUUACGGACUACUUUGCAUCAAAGAACCUUUCAAGCGUCCAACUUCCUUCAAUGGUCGUUCUGACUACGCUCCAUUCAUUGCCGCCGGCGUAAACAUUCCCUCUGGUGGAUUGUUCACUGGCGCGGAAGGUAUCAAGACCGAAGAGCAGGCUAGGCUAUUUGGUGGGACCGCUGGUGUUGCAUACGAUGUCAACUACCACGCCAAAGGCGACACCUACGAUAACCUUAACUUUGAGGCCUUCCUCAUCAAUGCAAGGUAA